AGCGGUGAUCGAGGAAAUUGUGUACAUGCAAGAUGGGGACACGCUUGAAGGUACUUAAAACAUUUAAAGCUCUUCAUAGAACACGGAUCAUUGUGUUCAAAGAGGAUAACAAAGCUUUGACAGCUGCUAGAUUAAAGAUCAAUGAAGAAUUUAGGAAAAACAAGAAUGAAACAUCAGAGGAAAAUAUUCAACAGAUGAUUAAGAUGGGCAGAGCUGUUGAGACCAUUCUUCGGGAAAACGUUCUACAAGCACAGCAUGUUGGAGAAAAUAAGCUUGUACUGAGACCACGUGACAGCCUUCUUCUAGAAAACGUACCUUACUGUGACACGCCCAGAGAAAAAGCAUGACCCAGUGGAUUUACAGAUCCCCCUCAGAAUACACCUCAGAAACUUGGACAACUUCUGCAGAUGUGCAAGAACCAAGAUGUUGAUAUAUAAUAGUUAAGGCAGUUGCAUUACAUUUUGCUAGUUGUACUCAAAAGUUAAACAAUGUUUCUUAUCUAAUUAAGAGUGAAAUACUUUUGGUUUAUAUGCACAAUAUAAUUUAACUUACAGUAAAUAGUGGGACAGUACAGUGGUGCAGCAUUGGUGUGGGACUCGUACAGCACAAGAGUCCUUGGAUCUGGAUAUGAACCUUACUUUGGUCUGUGAUGUUUAACAGAUGCUUUUAUCUAAAGCAUCGUACAGUUUUGACUGAAUACAGUGCAAACAAUUAAGGAUUAAGUGCAUUGCUCAGAGGGCCCAGUAGUGGCAAUUUAGUGGUGUUUGGGUUUGAACCAGCAAACUGUUCUGUUCUAAACUGCCCCUGUCAAAUUCAGAUACUUACUGACAUAUAAGUGACGUAUUUCUGCAAUAUACAUUUAUUUGUCACUAUCUGACAGAUUCACAGAAGAGCUGCUACAAAUGUAGCACAAGUUAAUUCUGUAACUUCUGAGUACAACUGCAACCAAAGUAUUUACAUUGUAACUUGCAUUUAAUUGUAUAUGUAAGUUUAUCAGUGUAUUUACAGUGUAUAUUUGUACAUAUUUUGUUGUAAUUGCUUAAUAAAUGUGUUGAUGUGCUGUAAAAUAUACACAGUGUUAAUAGAAAGAUCCCAAGAACAAACUGUGAACAAGCCCUAAAACUUCAAAUCUUUCAUUUGGACCAGUUAUAGUAUAAGAAAGUAAAAGGUGUGGGGUCAGUGAUCCAUUUAAAUAUCGUAAAAUAAAAAAUAAUAAUAAAGACUUCUGUUUAUAUUUUGUACUUCAAGGAAGCAGGGCAACUAAGUAUUGAAUAUUCAUACAUAUAGGUGCUCAGGCGGCAUAGUGGUUGGCCAACUGGCCAUCUAUACAAUUGGCUGUGUCCGAGGAGAGGGUGGCUGAAGCCCUGUGAUGGAUUUGUGACCUGUUUAAGGCAUUCUUGCCUUGAACUAGACCUGCCUUAGCUAGAUCAGGAUUUUAAAAAAGGGGUAUAUACUGUAUAAAUAACCAGCAUAAAUCUCCUUAUAUUUCAAAAGCAUACCAAAAUAAAAUUGUCUUAAUAUAAUUAAUUAAUUGAUUUAAUAGAUUAAAGUGCAAUGACAAAAAUGUGUACUUGCAGGAAAGUGCUAUAUUAUACAUGCAGUACUAGGGAUGUAACGAUACACUCUACCCACGAUGCGAUGCGAUUCACGAUACUGGGUUCAUGAUAUGAUUUUUUCCCAAUUUAUUAAACUGAAAUUGAAGACAAA